CGCACGCAUGCCGGCGGUCGCGUGUUCCGCAGUAUUCACUAUGCGCUCCUAUUCAGUGGUAACCUUUGCGCUCUUUAUUUUCCGAGCAGCUGAUUCUCUUCGGACUGAUCAGCAGUAUUGGAAGGACUUGGCAAAGCAGGAACUGGAGGAGGCUCUUCAGUUGAAAUGGAACACCCGGACUGCCAAGAAUGUGAUCGUCUUCGUGGGAGACGGCAUGGGGCCCAACACCGUCACGGCCACCAGGAUGUAUAAGGGCGGAGAAUCACACAGGCUCGUGUAUGAGAAGUUUCCACAUAUAGGACUUUUGAAGACAUACUCAGCAGACAAAAUGGUGCCGGACUCUGCAUGUACUGCAACCGCACUCUUCACUGGAGUGAAGAUCAACAAGGAUACCGUUGGAGUGGACGCCUCGGUGAUGAAGCAGGACUGCGCCAGGUCUCUCCUGCCAGAGGCCAGGCUGACGUCAUUGGCGGCCGCAGCACUGGCGGACGGAAAGGCUGCUGGCUUCGUGACAACAAUGAGGGUGACCCAUGCGACACCCAGUCCCCUGUACGCUCACAGCGCAGACCGAGUGUGGGAGUGCGACGCGUUCAUACCCGAAACUGCCAAGGAGUGCAAGGACAUCGCCAGACAGCUUGUCGAGGAUGAGCCAGGAAGGAAUUUGAACGUAAUAUUAGGCGGUGGCAGAAACACCCUGGUCGCAUCGUCGAAUGGCUCAACUAAUGCUUGGGACUGUGCAAGAGUAGACGGACGAAAUUUGAUAGAAGAGUACAAGAAGGACAAGGAGUCCCGAGGACUUAAGUACAGCGUUGUCAUGAAUAACGGGGAACUUCAGAAUUUUAACGAAAACGAGACCGAUUACCUUAUGGGAAUAUUUGCGGACAGCCACAUGGAAUACGAGUACCAAAAAGACAAAGGGCCUGAGGGUAUGCCCACCAUUUCUGACAUGGUGGAAGCGGCGAUAAAAGUUUUGAGAAGAAAUAGCGAUGGAUAUUUUCUUAUGGUAGAAGGCGGUAACAUAGACAUGGCUCACCACCGCGGGCGCGCCAAAGUCGCCGUGAACGAGUCAGCAGCGAUGGAGGAGGCUGUCGCUUUGGCCAUGAGCAUGAUUGACGAGGAGGACACAUUGCUGAUAGUCACCAGUGACCACACGCACACGCUGUCAAUAAAUGGCUAUCCCGACAGAGGCACUAGUGUUUUUGGAAUCGCUCAACCAUCGCCCUAUGACGGCGUUAACUACACAACGUUGUCCUACGGCGUUGGAGGCCCAGACGCUUUCCAGUUCUAUGCGAAGACCGUAGACAAUGAGACAACGGUGAUGCGACGAGAACCGUCACUUGAUGACACAGAGAGCAUGGACUACCACCAGAUCGCUGCCAUACGCGGCGUGGAGAACAUCCACGGAGGUGGUGAUGUGGCUAUUUAUGCUAGAGGGCCGCACGCGCACCUGUUCCACAACGUGCACGAGCAGCACUACGUGUACCACGCAGUCAUGCACGCCACCAAGUGGGGACAUUCCGGUGCCAACUCAUGCGCAGUGAGCGUCGUAACGCUCGUGUCUAUGCUCAUUACUGUAGUAGUUCAAACAUUUUAAUGUUCCUUUUUAUUAGCGUCACAAAAUAGGACAUUUAUAACCAGUAUUGUAGUUACGUAAUAAUGCAACGUGGUAUUAUAGUGAGAUUCCUUCUAAAACAAUAAUAAUUUCCAAAUGUAGCGCAAUUAAUGAUGAGUCAGUUGUUAACAUACAUUUUGGUUUUGCAUUUUUAUUUACAUAUUUAUUAGUCUAAAGGUACUGAAUGAAUUACUAUAAUGUAUUUUAUAGUAUGGUAUAUUUUUUUUGUGAAAACAUAAAUCAAGAGGCUAAGUAGGUGCUUACCUACUUAAUUUCAUGCAAUAAAAGACCAUAUUUUAAAAGCUUUGCUUUAUUGUCUUAAAUACGGACAUCAAUUAUUGUAUAAUUUGAGUAUCUUCUAUUUACUCCAUACUAUCUAAAUAGCAUUAAAAGAGGUGUAUAAAUAGUAAAAAUCUUA